CUUUUAUCACAAAAAAAAAAAAAAGGGAAAAACAUGUAUCUCUUCUCUGUCACCACUUAAUCAGAAACCACUGUCAGACGGUUUAACAGAGUGAGACACUCUCACACUGAACAACUCUCUGUUCAGCGUUUUUUAUAAGCAAACCAAAUUCGAAAUACCGAACCAACUUACGAACGCAACAAAAUCUAUCCCUCCUUCUCUCUCUAUAACAAUGGCAGAACCCAAAGUUAAGUAUGAUCGCCAACUCAGGAUAUGGGGUGAACAAGGACAGGCAGCACUUGAGAAAUCUAGUAUUUGCUUACUUAACUGUGGCCCUACUGGCUCUGAAACACUUAAGAAUCUUGUUCUUGGUGGGAUAGGAAGCAUCACUGUAGUUGAUGGAUCUAAAGUUGAAGUGGGUGAUCUUGGAAACAAUUUUCUGGUGGAUGAAUCAAGUGUCGGGCAGUCAAAGGCAAAAUGUGUUAGCUCAUUUCUUCAAGAGCUAAACGAUUCUGUUAAAGCAAAAUUUGUAGAGGAGUAUCCAGAGGCAUUGAUUGAGACAAACCCAUCAUUCUUUUCUCAGUUUACUUUGGUCAUUGCCACACAGCUUGUCGAAAGUUCAAUGAUAAAGCUUGAUCGAAUCUGCCGGGAGGCAAACGUUAUUUUGAUCUUUGCUCGUUCCUAUGGCCUUACAGGGUUUGUUCGAAUUAGUUUGAAGGAGCAUACUGUCAUCGAGUCAAAGCCUGAGCAUUUUCUGGAUGACCUCCGGUUAAAUAAUCCUUGGCUUGAACUAAAGAGUUUUGCAGACAGCAUUGACUUGACUGUGCAAGAUCCUGUUGCUCAUAAGCACAUACCAUAUGUUGUCAUUCUUGUCAAGAUGGCUGAUGAGUGGGCCAAAAGCCAUGGUGGUAAGCUCCCAUCAACAAGAGAACAAAAAAAGGAGUUCAAGGAUCUUUUGAAGGCCAGGAUGGUUUCACAAGAUGAAGAUAAUUAUAAAGAAGCUAUUGAAGCAUCAUUCAAAGUGUUUGCUCCCCGAGGAAUUAGUUUGGAUUUGCAGAGGAUACUAAAUGAUAGUUCUUCUGAGGUGGACUCUAAUUCAUCAUAUUUUUGGGUGUUGGUGGCUGCUCUGAAGGAAUUCAUUGCAAAUGAAGGUGGUGGGGAGGCACCACUUGAAGGAUCUAUACCGGAUAUGACAUCUUCCACCGAGCAAUAUAUUAAUUUGCAGAAUAUCUAUCUAGCUAAGGCUGAGGCUGACUUUCUUGUAAUGGAACAACUAGUGAGAAGUAUCUUGAAGAAGAUUGGUCGAGAUUCAAAUAGCAUUCCAAAGGCAACAAUUAGAAGUUUCUGUAAAAAUGCAAGAAAACUCAGAGUUUGCAGGUACCGGUCAAUUGAAGAUGAAUUUAAUUCUCCAAACAUACCUGAGUUGCAGAGGUACCUAACUGAUGAGGAUAGCAGCAUUGCUGUAGGAAUUUAUAUUUUGCUUCGUGCUGUGGACCGGUUUGCUGCUAAUUACAACAGUUUUCCUGGACAGUUUGACAGUGCAACGGAUGAGGAUAUGCCAAGAUUGAAGAGUGCAGCUAUUAGCCUCCUAAGUGACCUGGGAUGCAAUGGAGCCGCUUUGGCUGAGGACCUCAUCAAUGAGAUGUGUCGAUUUGGUGCAGCAGAGCUUCAUGCUGUGGCUGCUUUGGUUGGUGGAAUUGCAUCCCAAGAAGUGAUCAAGCUCAUAACAAGGCAGUUUGUACCGAUGUCCGGAACCUACAUCUUCAAUGGCAUUGACCACAAGUCACAGCUGUUGUCCCUGUAAUUUGAUUUCCCAAUGAUUAACUUGCUGGUAUGGUAUGGCUUCAUGGCCUUCUGCGCAGUGGUGUUGAAUGUAGAUUCUCAUUGCAAGAUUCUUGCUUGGCUUUGCCCUUUAUAGCACCCCAUUUUUGAAGCAUUUUUUACUCUACCUGCCACAAGUGGAGUCUUGUUAUGUAACGGGAAUUUUUGUAACUUAGUGCUGAUAUUUAUGUCCAAGAAAUGAUAGAUUGUAGAUUGCAUAGUUUAAGAGACAUUUGAUUACAAAAAUGGUUUGCUAACCUUAUAAAAUGCAUGCUAUUUGAUUACGUUGUAAAUUAAAAUCCCUUCAAGGCUGCAUCGAUCAAUGUAAUGUAAGCUAGGGAAUACGUUAUCAUGCCUA